AUGGCUCAACGGCAUCCUCGAGGGCCUCUGGGAGGUGCUCAACCCGCAGCUCUUCUCGUCGCUCGGCGGCACGCUCGAGGACGUGAUGCAGGCGAGUAUCCCGGGCUUUGUCCACGCCGUCAAGGUCGUCGACGUGGCGCAGGGUUCGACGCCGCUCCGCCUCACGGGCCUGCGGAUCCUGCCGGACAACGACAAGGACAUCGAGGUGCUCCACAAGGCGGCGCAGCGCGAGCUGCGAAAGAAGCGCCUCCGCGAAAAGGUCAUGAAGGACCCGCACGAGGAAGAGGUGCUGCGGCGGCUCGAGGAGGAGGACGCCCGCGACACGCGAGGAGCCUCAAAAGGUCCGCAGACGGCCGAGGAGCUCGACUCGGGCAAAAAGGUGCGCGGCGAAGAGGGCGCCGGCUCGACGUUUAUCAACGUCGAGCUGGCCUUUGUCUACCGCGCUCGGCCGACGGUCAAGACGGUGGCCAGCAAGAGCCGAAACGCGCAUCUCCAGAUCAAGUUCUGGCUAGGGGCCAGGAAGGUCUACAGCGUGCCGCUGCCCGUGCUCGUCGAGAUCUCCGCCUGGUGGGCCGCGUGCGGAUGCGCGUCCAGCUGACGCCCGACCCGCCGUUUGUCAAGAACGUGACCCUCUCGCUCGUCGGCCUGCCGCGCGUCGGCGUCGAGGUGGUCCCCUUUCUGCGCCUCAACACGUCUAACCUGCCCUUUAUCAGCAGCUUCAUCCAGAGCUCGAUCGACGCCGCCACGAGCGAGUACGUGGCGCCCAACAGCCUCACGAUGGACGUCGGCGAGAUUCUCAUGGGCGACAACAUCAAGCGCGAGGUCGACGCGCUCGGCGUCCUGGUCGUCUACAUCCACUCGGCCUCGGACCUCGAAGCGCAGGACCUCGGCGGCUCGAGCGACCCGUAUUGCACCGUCAGCCUGGCCAAGUACGGAAAGGUGCAGUACGCGACGCGCGUGGCGCUCAACGACCUCUCGCCGCGCUGGGAGGAGCGCCACGUCAUGACCAUCUCGCCCGAGGCGGUGCGGGCGCGCGAAAAGGUGGCCAUCGCACUGUGGGACUCGGACCGCUUCACGCCCGACGACAUGCUCGGCCGCGCCGAGGUCGACCUGCUGGAGCUCGUGAACCGGCCUGGCCGCCUCUUCCGCCGCAAGGACCCGCUCAUCGGGCUCAGCCGCGAGAUGAAAAAGGAGGGCACCAUCGAGUGGUCGGUCGGCUUCUUUGCCAAGGCGCCCAACCGCCCGAGCCGCGAAAAGGCCAAGGGCAUCGAGCAGAUGGUCGAGGGCAAGGGCGGCGGGGACAAGGGCGAGGGCAGGAGCGGCGGCGACGGCGACGGCGACAGCGAGGGCGACGACGACGACAACGGCCGCAAUGACCCCGUCGACGAGACCAAGUGGGACGCGGCGGGCGAAGCGACCAACCAGGUGCGGCGACUGUCGCAGGAGGCCGUCAAGGAGGGCGAGAGCUUUGCCGACCAGAUGCUGCGCCAGGACGACGGUCGGCAGACGAGGCACCAGGAGACGGCGGUCCAGUUUGAGCCGCCCAACCCGUCGCUCCCCUCGGGCAUCCUCUCGAUGCAGAUCCACCAGAUUGCCAACCUCGAGAGCGCCGACCACGGCGGCGGAUCGUCGCUGCGGCGGCGCAGAAACGGCCCCGGCCAAGACGUCGAGACCGUCGAGACCGAGGAGGAGCCGCCGAGCGCGCCCUCGGCCUAUGUCAGCAUCAUCAUCAACGACGAGACCGUGUUCCGGACGCGUACAAAGGCGCUGAGCCGGAACCCGUUCUACAAUGCCGGUACGGAGCGCUUCAUCCGCGACUGGCGCCGGACGCUCCUCAUGUUUGUCGUGCACGACUACCGGCUGCGCGAGGCCGACACGAUCCUGGGCGUCGUGGCCAUCCGGCUGACGGACCUCUUCAAGGAGACGUCGCAGGUGACGCAAUUCUUCCCCAUUGCCGGCGGCGUCGGCUACGGGCGCAUCCGGCUCAGCCUCCUCUUCCGGCCCAUCAUGGCCAUGACGCGCGUCAAGUCGAAGCUUGGCUGGAACAUUGGCACCGUGCGCCUGCUCACGUCGCCCGUGGCCACCGACUUUGUCGAGGGGACCGGCUUCACGGCGCACGACCUCCACCUCACCAGCCUUCGCGCGCGCACCCUGGCCGGCAGCAACAAGGUGUCGGCCCACCGCGCCCGCCACACCGACGACGGCAAGUCGAUCGAGUGGAAGAUCCGCGACGACGAGUUCCCGUUCCGCGUCCCGGCCCGGCGGCGGUAUGCGGCGCCGUACAUGAUCGAGUUCCGCGGGCACAAUGCGCUGGGCAAACACAAGGUGAUUGCCAUGUGCAUCGUCUGGAUGCAGGACCUGUCCGACGACGAGGUGACGUCGGAGCGCCUGCCCAUCUACCGCCCCAAGCCGGGCCACGACUUCCACCGGCUUCGGCAAAACUAUCACGACUACCGGCGCGAGGCCGAGGCCGAGGCGCUGGGCGUGGAAAAGGUGGGCUACCUCGAGGUCAAGAUGCAGUUCAAGUCCGGCCUGGGCGAGGUGCACGUCGAGCUCGAGGAAAACAGGGACGCCAAGGCCGUCAUGCAGGCGUGGCAGUGCUGCGUCGCCGCCGGGCUGAGGGACAAGAAGGGCGACUUUGCAAAGUCGCGCCUCAACACGCAGGGAUACCUCGAGGACGAGAAGAGGCAGGUCGACCUCGGCACCGAGCUGGGCGAUAGCGAGCGGGAUAGCGAUGGCGAUGGCGAUGGCGAUGGCGAUGGCGAUGGCGACAGCGACGACGGCGGCGAGAAGCGUGCGGGGACGAGACCAAAGUACGUCGAGGGAUCCAACAUGGUCAGGUCUCCCACCGCCUCGUCCGGCUCCGGUUCCGGUUCCGGUUCCGAUCACCAUCGCCACGACGACGACGACGACGACGACGACGCCGCCGGCGAGGAGGAGGAUCCGACGCUGAGGGAGAGGAUGAAGCGGUGGCGCGACGAGAAGCGCGAGCGGCAUCGGCAGCACCGCGGCGUCAAGCAGUUCAAGGCGGUGCGCACGGCCAGCUGGCUCGGCUCGUCGGCCAAGUCGGGCAGCUCGUCGCUCUUUGGCAGGCUCAAUAUCCAGGAUCGCAGGACGGCCGAUGUCGAGACGGAGCUGUGA